GGCAGCUGCAUCUCGGCGUCUGAUGAUCGGGAUGGCGUCGAGAUCGGGCUAUUCUUAUGAGUGCGGUACUCUGCCAGAGACCUGGCGUCUCCACUCGGCCGGUACCUGUUCGUCGAGGCCAGACGUCAGUCGAGCCACCCAAGAAUGGAACGGAUUGAGAGGUGGAUCCAGCCCAGACAAGAACAUGUCUCGUUUGGGGAUCGGGACAAGCUAUGCCAUGUCUCACAAGCGGAGCCAAUAGCGGGACGUGGGACAGCGGCAUCGUUGAG